ACUCCCCUACCCACAACUACAUCUCCAUCUUCAACUACUGAAGAACUAACGACAACUCCAAGUCCAAGCAGCACUCCUGAAUCACUAAUGAGUACAGGACCAACCACUAAUAUUCCACCCACAGGCACAACCACUACUGAAGCAACAACUUCAGCCCCAAUUACCAGCUUCAGCAGUUCUCCAACGGUACCUCUAACGUCAUCUAUGACAGAAACACCCACAGCAAGCACCACUACCGAAGGAAUGAUGACCACAGCUCCAACUACCACUUCUGCCCCAUCCACAAUGAUUACAAGUACAAUCCUUAACACUUCUACAAUUCACCAAACACCAACUGUAACUGAAGGUGCCAGUACUCCCCUACCCACAACUACAUCUCCAUCUUCAACUACUGAAGAACUAACGACAACUCCAAGUCCAAGCAGCACUCCUGAAUCACUAAUGAGUACAGGACCAACCACUAAUAUUCCACCCACAGGCACAACCACUACUGAAGCAACAACUUCAGCCCCAAUUACCAGCUUCAGCAGUUCUCCAACGGUACCUCUAACGUCAUCUAUGACAGAAACACCCACAGCAAGCACCACUACCGAAGGAAUGAUGACCACAGCUCCAACUACCACUUCUGCCCCAUCGACAAUGAUUACAAGUACAAUCAUUAAUACUUCUACAAUUCACGAAACACCAACUAUAACUGAAAGUGCCAGUACUCCCCUACCCACAACUACAUCUCCAUCUUCAACUACUGAAGAACUAACGACAACUCCAAGUCCAAGCAGCACUCCUGAAUCACUAAUGAGUACAGGACCAACCACUAAUAUUCCACCCACAGGCACAACCACUACUGAAGCAACAACUUCAGCCCCAAUUACCAGCUUCAGCAGUUCUCCAACGGUACCUCUAACGUCAUCUAUGACAGAAACACCCACAGCAAGCACCACUACCGAAGGAAUGAUGACCACAGCUCCAACUACCACUUCUGCCCCAUCGACAAUGAUUACAAGUACAAUCAUUAAUACUUCUACAAUUCACGAAACACCAACUAUAACUGAAAGUGCCAGUACUCCCCUACCCACAACUACAUCUCCAUCUUCAACUACUGAAGAACUAACGACAACUCCAAGUCCAAGCAGCACUCCUGAAUCACUAAUGAGUACAGGACCAACCACUAAUAUUCCACCCACAGGCACAACCACUACUGAAGCAACAACUUCAGCCCCAAUUACCAGCUUCAGCAGUUCUCCAAUGUGCCUCUACUCCCCUACCCACAACUACAUCUCCAUCUUCAACUACUGA